AGAACAAGGAAACGCAGCAGAGAGAAAAGACAUUUAGGAGUUAUUUCUGAUCUGACUGAUUGAGUUCCGUCAGGCUGCUCUGCUGAGUGCUGAUGAUGGUGGAGAACUCUCCGUCUCCUCUGCCCGAGAGAGCGAUCUACGGCUUCGUGCUGUUUCUGGGCUCGCAGCUCGGCUUCUCUCUGUAUGUGGUCUGGGCUGUGGUUCCUGACGCUUGGCUUCACGCCGCCGGACUGACUUACUGGCCUCAGAAAUACUGGGCUCUGGCGGCACCCAUCCACCUGCUGGUCACUUUAAGCACCUGUGUAGUGCUGCUGUUCGGGGUGAACCUGAUGAACACGGCUCCGCUCGCGUCCGUCCACAACAUCACAGAUCACUACGCCAGGAGUCAGCGUGCGGGCGAGGAUCAGGAAGGAGUGAUUCCCAGACUCCGAGACGUUCCCAUCAGCCAAAUAAACCGCGUCUUUUACCUGGAUGCUGGCGCGCAGUGAUGCGAGGCGUUUGCUCAGGGUUUAGACGAUAAGAUCCAUCAGCCGUGUGACAGGCCUGAGCUCUGACCGUCAGGUGACCCUCGGACAGACCUGGGCUGCUUUCCCAAAAGCAUCGUAAGCUUAAGUACAUCGUAGACCAUUGAAGCUACGAUCAGCUUAGGCUUGCGAUGCUUUUGGGAAACACGGCCCUGGGGAACUCGCGCGACCAAAGCACGUUAGUAAAGCUCUAGACAUUGAGCUUUUGCAUCUUUCUCAAACACCAAACUCCUGAUGUGGUGUCUGGGGUCAGACCGUGACCUCUGUGACCUCAGACUGAAGUGAAACGGUCAGCUCACUAUCUGCAUCAUCUGCGGUGGGUUGUGUUCCUGCUCGUCUCCUCCUGCAGACCCUCGUGAGCAAACCGACGGGUGUCGGGUGACCUGUGACCCCGCGACCCGAGAAAAACACACUGCUGUUUUCUCAUGCUUAAUGUGUUAGAAUACAAUGACUCAUUAUACUGCAAAAACAAUUAUAUGAUAAGUCAUGACAACAUAAAAAAAAAUUCACAUUUAAGUUUAAUAUAAUUUAGGUUGUACAGCCAAUUUGAUUCAACUUAACCAUUUACGGCAGCAACUGACUUCUACGCAGUCUAUUAUGUGUUAUUCAAACACUGUUGUUAUCAAUCCUCCAGCCUGUUUUAAAGUUUAUACUGUAUGCUGUUAUAAUUAUUAAUAAAUGGAGGAUGCAAACGCAUGUUGCGCAAUCUUGUUUUUAUUUGUGUUUAGAUUUUCAACAACAUACAAACGAAACGCUUAAAGGGACAGUUCACCCAAACAUUGAAAUCAUCAUCAUUCACUCACGUUCAAGUUGUUCUAAACUUGCAUGGGUUUCUUAUACAUAAAAAAUAUAUUUUGAAGCACAUCGACAACCACAGCCGUUGGUCCCCAUUGGCUUCCCAUAGUAAGGCAAUACAAUGGAAGUCGAUGGGUACCAUCACCUGUUU